UAACAAAACAGGUUGGUGAUCAGUUGGAGACUUGAAGGCUUGAAGCUCUGCAACUAGUGUUUCUGCUACGAGAUGUCAUGUUCAAAAGGCAAGCUUUCAUCUUUAUUCACGAACCCAGAAAGACCCACUUCUUCAAAUUCAACCAAGCUUUCAUCUUUAUUCUUCGCAAACCAAGUUACAGCUAGAUCCACUUCUUCAUAUCCCACAACCACAACAGAAACACCAAUUCCCAGUGUUCCAAUCCAAACCCCACUUGAAAAUUUCCUCCACACAAACUUCAAGUCAGGUAAUUUCACUCUCAAUGAAGCACUUCACUAUUUUGACCGCAUGAUUCUUAUGCAACCUGUUCCUCCAAUGGCCUCGUUCAAUCGUUUAUUAGGUGGACUUGCCAAGAGUAAGCACUACUCUCAUGUUUUCUCAUUUUGCAUCAAGUCAACAUCUUCUGGGUUAUUGCCUGAUUUCAUUACGCUUAAUAUUUUGCUGAAUUGCUUUUGUAAUGUGAAACGGGUUUGUGAUGCUUUGGUGGCUCUGGGAAGUAUGAUUAGGAGGGGUUAUAAACCAAGUGCUGUUACUUUUACUUCUUUGGUUAAAGGGUUUUGUAUGGAGGAUAGGAUUGAUGAGGCAGUGAGGUUGUUGGAGAAAAUGAUUAAGUUUCAGUGUCAGCCUACUGUGAUGACUUGUGGUACUUUGAUUAAUGGGUUGUGCAGGGCAGGAAAGACUAGCGUGGCACUUAGGUUACAUGAAGAUAUGGCUAAGGGGAAUGGCGGAUUUGGUGUUUAUUGUAAGCCAAAUGUGGUGACUUAUGGGAUUAUUAUCGAUAGGCUUUGUAAGGAUGGCAUGAUAGAUGAGGCAAAAGAGCUUUUCUUAGAAAUGAAAGAUAGAGGGAUUCUUCCUGAUGUGGUUGUGUAUAGUGCUCUGAUACAUGGUUUGUACUAUUAUGAAAAGUGGGAAGCGGGUAAAGCUCUGUUACAUGAGAUGGUGCAUUGCGGUAUCAAGCCUAAUCUCGUGACGUUCAAUGUGCUAAUAGCGGCACUUUGCAGAAGGGGAAAUGUGAAAGAGAGCAGUGAUUUGCUAAAGCUUAUGGUACACAGAGGCAUUAGUCCUGAUUUAUUUACAUACAACACUUUGAUAGAUGGCUUCUGUUUGGUGGGUUGCCUUAAUGAAGCGAGAGAGCUGUUUCAUACUAUUUCAAGUAGAGGGUGUCAACCUGAUGCUGUUAGCUACAAUGUGUUGAUCAAUGGAUACUGCAAGAAUUGGAAGAUACAUGAAGCUGUCAAUGUUUACGAGGAAAUGGUCCGCAGAGGAGUUAGGCCAACUGUAGUAACUUAUAAUGCCUUAUUAACUGGUCUGUUUAAGUUGGGAAGAGUUCAGGAUGCACAGAAGCUGUUUGCUGAGAUGCAAACUCAGAACGUGCUACCUAGUUCAUCUACAUAUAAAAUAUUGUUGGACAGGCUUUGCAAAAAUGAUUGCAUACCAGAGGCAAUGGAAAUAUUUCAUACUUUAGAAAAUAGCAGCAGCUGUGAACUUAGUGUAGAAAUUUUUAAUUCACUUAUUAAUGGGUAUUGUAAGGCACGGAAGCUCGAAAUUGCUUGGGACCUAUAUCACAAAAUGUCAAAAAAAGGCCUGGUACCAGAUGUUAUAACAUAUAGCAUGAUGAUUCAUGGGCUCUGUAUAGAAGGGCAACUCGAAAAGGCAAAUGGUUUGUUUUUGGAAAUGGAAGAAAAGGGUUGUGCUCCAAACAUCGUCACUUAUAAUACCCUUAUGCGUGGUUUCUGCCAAACUAAUAACUUGGAAAAGGUUGUUGAACUUCUUCAUAAGAUGUCGGAAAGAAAUCUGUCACCAGAUAACUCUACAACCUCCAUUGUCAUAGACUUGCUCUCAAAGGAUGAAAGCUAUCGGAAAUGUUUGGACUGGCUUCCAACAUUUCCUGCCAGUAGCUAAUUGAAAGCUGAGGUGACAAAUUUCAAGUCACUUGCAUGAUCUUCAGUUAUUACUCCUUAUAUGGAGUUCUUCUAAUUCUGGUUGCGCAGUUGCUCACACAUUUAGCCAGAAAUUAGAAACGGUGAAGUUGCAUUUGCCAUUGUCUCGUUUGCUAAUUGUUUAUUGUAUUAUGUACAAAAAACUGUAGCAGUGGAAUCUUAGAGGGAAGAUCAGAUUGAUGGUCAAGUGUGAUGGAUUUGAACUUGCAUUCAUUAGUGACUGCAGUCUGCGUGUGACUCGCAUAAAUCAAGGUUGCAAGAAACAAGAUAUGAUGCUCGGGCUAUACAUAUCAGAAUUUCAUUUUUCUCCUAGUCUCUUCUACUGUGAAAUGGUGUUACUAGAAAAAAUGCUUACCUACAUUGUUCUGGUGUUACUAGAAGAAAUGCUUACCUACAUUGUUCUAUAGACUUCAUUUCAAUGUUGUGAUCUGCGAAGUUGUAGUAACCAGUCCAUCCCAUAUUCUACUUGAUAAUGUUGUAAUACAGGUUCUAACUUCUUUCCAUUGCAUUCAUUGUACAUGGAUUUUUAUUCUUGAUGAGCAUUUAAUAAGAAUUGGAAUUUUACAAUAUA